UUGAUUUGUAAAACUAUCGAUGCGCCUUACUUUCUAGAUACAUCGAAAGAUAGAGUAAACAUCGUUUUAUUUUCCAGCUCUAAACAAGUUUUUUUUUAUAAUAGCUCUAGCUCUCCAUUAUUUAUAUAAAUAAUUCUUGUAUGUAGACCAAGUGUAAAAAAAACUGUAAUUUAAAUGAGCUGUUUUCGAGUUUUUUUUUCUUCAGACAAAAACCUGUUUGGAACCAUUUUUAACCAUGUGAAAAUAUGGAGCAAGACACAUUGGUGUGGAACGACACGGAUGUAGCUGUAGCCAGUCAACAUAUUCUUAAUUCGGAGGCUUAUUGUAUAAUAUAUCGAGACAUUCAGUAAGGAAGCUACUAACGAUCUAACAUCGAAAACAUUGCCAGCGGUAUGCAAGAACGAUCAAAGGAGCUACGUCUUACUGUUUCCUGGACCCAGUCAAAGUCUCAGAUUCAUGACAGUUAUAAACGUCGGAGUAUGUUGGCAUGUAAGAGAAGCCUAACUACCAGUAAAGUGCUUGAAGACUCACAUCCACCGCUCUUAGUAGCUUUCCCCAAUUGCAACACUCAUCGACAGCAGCAACACAAGGAGAAACAUAAAGUUCAGCUAUACUCUGGAAAACCCUUAAGCAUUAAGCUGUACGUGCCAGGAAGUAUUGAGAGUAUACCGAGAAUUCGGCAUAAGACGCUUACGACGACGAAUAAACAACAACCAGCUAUGCAUCGAAAGUCUAAGAGCAAAAGCAAGUUCCAAGCCUUCAACGACCUUACGCCGCUUUAUUCAUCAAGUGAAAGUCAACCAUCCGCGAAGCAUUCAUCUGCACUGGUGGAAGCAGGGAUAGAAUCAAAGACAUCACGUCAUUUUCUUGGUAAAAAGAGGAUUAAGAACAGAAACAGCUUGUUAUCUUCGUCCCAGCCCUCACCGGUGAGAUGCAAAAUGAUGAUUCCAUUUCCAACAUUUGGGGCCACAUCCUUUGUUACGUUGCUCACUUUAAUUUGUAUGGAAACGGUUCUGCUCUCCACCAUGUCCAGUUGCGCUAAGACUUUUUACAUGCAUUGGAACACAUCAAACAGCAUAUUUCGGAUUGAUAACACUGAUCAUAUUAUCGAUGUUAAUAAAGGCAAUCUUGCGUUUGAGUUCGACCAGGUUCAUAUAAUAUGCCCAGUAUAUGAGCCAGGGACUUUUGAGAACGAAACUGAAAAAUAUAUAAUUUACAAUGUGUCUAAAGUGGAGUAUGAAACUUGUCGCAUAACAAAUGCAGAUCCGCGAGUAAUAGCUAUAUGUGAUAAACCUCAGAAAUUAAUGUUUUUUACAAUAACUUUCCGGCCAUUUACACCGCAGCCAGGUGGCUUGGAGUUCCUACCUGGAAAUGAUUAUUACUUUAUUUCAACUUCAUCUAAGGAUGAUUUAUAUCGAAGAAUUGGAGGUCGAUGCUCUACAAAUAACAUGAAAGUAGUCUUUAAAGUGUGUUGUGGCCCCGAGGACAAGAACAAAACCACGGUGAUAAACAAUUCCAAAUCUGGUACAGACACUGGAGGAGUGAUCAACGUCAAUAUAGCGAAAAAUGAUGAUAGUCAUGUUAAUAGCCAGGGCAAUAACAUAGCUAUUGGAAACAACAUUGGUAUAAAUGGAGGCCUAAUUUUAGGAGGACCUCCGUCAGCAGGAAUGCCAAUUAAUCCACUCAACGGAAAUAGCAAUUUAAAUGGCAUACCAACUACUAUUAAUUCAAACAUUGAUCAGUUUAAUCGGAUACCAAUCCAGCCAAACAUAAUCGGUAAUCAUGUAGGGACUAAUGCCGGUGGAACUGCAAUUGUUGGUGGUGGAGGGAUUAUAUUAACUCCUGGCCAUGGUCAUGGCAACAUUAAUAUGCUGCAACCAGGACGAGGUGGAAUGAAUGGAGCAUACCCCGGACAUCACCACAUUCAAACUGGAAUACGGAUAAACAAUGUGCCCACGCAACACAGCUAUCCAUCCCAUAAGGGUAAUGCUAACAGUAAUAUUAACGGAAACGAUGACCACCAUCAUUACAACAAACAUCCCAACGAGGUUGUAAAAAAUGAAGAGCUGACAUAUAAUAGUGGCACAGCGACAUCGGAUGGUCACAUUUUCGCUUUAUGGAUCUGGAUCUUAACAAUUUUCCCACUGCCAUCUAUUCAAUCUUGCCAUUUGUCUGCAUAUUGGAUGAACUCAUCAUUUUGUUUUAGCGUUUUUGCAAUCCUUGGCAUCCAUUAUCUUGUUCAAAGCACGUUGCAAACCACGUUUGCGAUAUAGGCCUGUUAUGGUUGAAAUCACUGCGACCUCUAUAAAUGGGAUGUUUUGCCAGAAAGCAGAUCUUUAAAUAUGACCCGUACAUUUUUAAUGAACAUUCGAUUUUGUGUUCCCCUGUUCAAAUUUAUUUUUAAGAAUGCCAAUAUCACACAAUAUUAUUUGUCUCUUCUCCGGCUAUUGCUAUAUAAACAGUGAUACAAGUAGUGGAUUGGAGAGGUUGGAAUCAAAUGAUAUGCUUAUUGAUAUUGAUUUGGAUAUGUAAUUGCAAUUGAUCGAGUUUCUGUGACUCACAAUUUAAAAUAAUAGAUCAGAAAGAAAGGAGAAAGGUGAAAUAGAAUUAAUAAGUAAAGAAAUUAAAUAUAUCGAGUAAAUUAAAACUUAGAUUUAGUGGUUUAGAUAUAACUAAUAAUGCUUAAGAAAAGACGGAGGAGAGUAAUGGUAUUACGAAACA